GUCAAUGUCUAUUUCAACUUUUGAACUUGAAGGAUGAAAUGAAAUAAUUUUGUAUACUAACUUGAUUGCAAUUUAUUUCCACGUUUCUUUGUUGAUUUCGUUGCUAUAGGCCCGGUUCCUUAGAAACUAAACAAUAUGACAAAAAAGUCAAUUACUUUAGACGUCGAUCCAACAAUCAUGGAAAAGAAUAUGCGGAUUGUACGAGAAAACCCCGUCGAAGAAGAAUUCAACAAACUUCUAUCAAAUGUUGAAACUAUACCGUCAAAACUCGUGAAACCAACGCCAGGCUUUUGCGUGAAAACAUUUACAAAACCAGAGGGAAAAAAGGUAUUUGUAAACAUAUGCCUGACUGAUGCGAUUGUUUGCCCUCGGGAUAUUAGUAAUGAGGAACUUAUGCAAAUCCUCAGUUCUGAAGAUCCUUCUUCUUAUAGAGUCCCUAUGAGUAUUGGCGAGGGUAGGACUGAAGCAGACAGGUCUGGAGCUCCUGCCACAGUGUAUGACGUUGCUAUAAACCCAGAAUUCUUCAAAAAAAUUGAGAAGGAUGACUUAUUCCAAACCUUUUUCCUCACUGUUGUCUUUGAGGGUUUGCAGGACAAGUAUCAAUUUGAAAUAGAUAUGCAAAAGUACACUGUUUUGAAAAAUAGAAAGUCUAUUGGUACAUUACAAUGCCACAGAAUUCAAAUAAGGGAUGUGAAAAAUAAUGAGAAGGUGACUAAAAGUCCUUUAAUUGAAGAGUUGGAUGAUAAAGGUGUUGUACAAAAGCCUAGUGUUCCAACAAUGAAGAAGGAAUUAGAGUACCGAUUGAGAAGGGAACCACCUACAGGAGAGAUUGAAUACUUGUUGGCAGAAUUCAAGAUACCUUCUACUGUGAAUGUAAAAGACUUAAGUUUGGAAGUAGGUGAGGAUCGGUUGGUUCUAGAUUGCAAAGGGCAGUUUGAAAUGGUGGACUUCUUCCUGCCUUGCAGUGUCGACCAAGACAUCAUUGAUGCCCAGCUUAAUAGAAAUGAUGAUAUGCUGUUUGUGAAAAUGCCUGCAAUACAUUAGAUAGAGAUACCUUAUAUUUUAAU